AUGUGCGUUCUGGUGUUGUUGAUAUUACUGGUAAUGUUGUAAAUAAUUGAAUUAACAAUUUCACAUUAGGUCAUUUUGAUAAAAACUGAUUAAAAAAAGUAACUAUCAAAUAAAUUGAUAAAAUUGAAGAGCACUAAUGUGUUGACAUGGCUAAUAGGAGGAGGAGGCCAUGGUCUACUAGCCUCACCCCAUGACUACACCAUUGAUUAUACGUAUUAUUAUUUUACAUAUUCUGUAAUUAAUCUGCUUAAUAUAUUUUGUUACAGGUUAACAGACUAGCUUUACCAUCAUUUGAUAUUGCAAAUGAGUUUGCUAAAAAAAUUUGUUGUCGCUACUUAAUGAUUAAAGCAGUUCCGGGUAGGGUAUGUGAUAAUUGGCCACUUUAUCAAAGUAUUUUAAAUACAAUAAAAAAUUCUUCCAAUGACUUUUAUUUUGAGAAAGUUGAAGGUUCUCAUCAUGUUCAUUUGAAUGAUCCAGCGAUAGUAGCCCCACACAUCUUAAAUUUUAUGAAAAAUAUUACUUAAUUGUAAUUAUUAUAAUUAUAGUAUAAAAUAUAUUAUGAAAUAUGAAUGUAAAAUAUCUAUUAUUAUUAUUAUUAAUAAUAAUUAAUAAUUGUUUGUGAAUUUUCUUAGUACUUUUCUAACAUAAUUCAAUUGUGUAUUGUGUACUUAUUUGUUAAUAAAUAUUAGAAAAUUUAGUUUUGAUAAAUAAUGUAAUCCAGCAAUUUCUUAUGAAUAUAUUAUUUUGUGAGUACUUAUAUUUUUUAUUUCAAAGCAUAUAUAUAAUAUAUUAAUACAGGUUAUCAGCAUUAAAAAACUGAAUUCCUUACAAUUUAAGUUUAUAAUAAUUUAAAAAUAAGAUUGAUAGUGUAUAUAUAUUUUGAUAAAACAACUUCUGUAUGACUAAAUUAUUUCCAAUCAAAUGUUUGACCACUAAUAUUAUUUUGAUUGUACAUUAUGUUAAAUAAUUGCUUCCUAAAUCAGAUAAUAACCAGAUAAUGGUAAUAAUUAUCAUAAUUAUUAUCUGAAAACCUUUUGACACCAUAAUUGGGUUCAUAUACUCUAUUCUAGUAAAUUAGUUGCACUCAUGUAGACUAUUAUUUAAUUAAAUAUAUAAAGUUAAAAAUGUAAACAUUAUUAUUGAUUUUAUAAAAUCAAUAAUAUUUAUGGGUUCAUUCGCAUAAAUUAUUAAUAAUUUGUUGAUUUAAAUUCAAAAAAAAAAAAUAUAUAUUCUUAUAUAUAUUUAUCAUAAGUAAUUAAUUAGUAAUAGAAUUUUGAAACUCUUCAUAUUAAAUCUGUGGGUAUUAUAUGGAUUAGUUAUUGACUGACUUAAAAAUUAUGCAUGCAGAGUGAAAUAAAACACUUCACUAUUGAACCAGAGUUUAAUGAUUCUCAAAUCUCAAGUAUGUAUUGACAAUUAUUUAUGUUUGCUACUGAUUUAAUAUGUUAGUAUGUUUAAAACGUUAAUAACAUUAACACAACGUAUGUACAUUGAAAGAACAAUAUAUGAACAUAAUAUUACAUUAAGUGUUGCAGGGAAAAUUAUUUUAAUUGGUAUCUAGUGAAUAAUAUUGUUAUUUUAAUAAAAUAUAUGGAAUACAAGGAAAUGAUAGGUAUUCAAUUAUUGUAGAAUUUAUACAAGGUACACAAAAAUAUUAAUUUAUUGAAAAUAUCUUGAUAUUUAUUGUUUUUUAAAAUUAUUUUUAUAUUUGUAUUGUUAUCCCUUGCUACUUAUUGCUAUCUUUGCCUUUUUGGCUCCAACUUCAAGUUUAAUUUUUGAAUUAGGUAGCACCCAUUGUUGGAUGACUAUGUGCUAUCAAGUUUAUAGAGCAAUUGUUCCAUGAUUAACAUAUAUAAUUAGUUUUUUGUUCAUUAGUUAAAGUGGAUUCAAAGACAUUCUACCUUUUUAUCAAAGUAAGGGAUUAGUUAAUUUUUCUUAAUUUUAUACCAUCAUCAACUCUCUUAUAAGAACCAUUCAACCAUUUUAUAUAUAUGAUGUCAAUGUAAUUUAAUAAUUAAUUUGCUUCAGGAAUAUUUGUUAGAUUUAAAACAAUCAUUUUCUCGUGAAUCUGUUCAAGAAUACCAGACCACUAAUCAUUGAAAGAAAAUUACCAAAUUGGUCAACAUUCAUAUUAUUUGUUUGUUAAUCCAACUACUGAACUUCACAAAGUGUACUCUGGCAAUGAUGGUAAAAGUACUCUCUGGUUACUGAUUUUAAAGCAAAAACAUUUCCAGCUGCUGUAAUUAACUGUUUUUUUUUUUUAAAUUGACAUGUUAAUCGACCUGGGAUCGUUUGAACAAAUUUUAUUCACAUUUUUAAUAACUUUUAUUUCUAGUAUUAUCUAUUGUUUUUAAUUUAAAGAUCUCGUUUUCAUGACUAAACAAAUCUGUUAAAUUUAAAAAUACCAAGGAUUUCACAACAUUUACAAAUGACACAGACUAUGAACUUAACAGAAUAAACCAAAUUAUAGUCUAUAACCCAUGAAAAUUAAUUAAAAAAAGAUAAGUAAAGAAUUUGGGUAAGCACAAUUAAAGAUAAUACUAUAUAAAUUAUAGAAGCUAAGGAAAUUGUUCAAAAGUGUACGUUUAAGGUUGUAAAAUAAAUAAUUAUAUAAGUACAUUAGUAUCUAUUUUGAUCUAUUUGACGUAAUGAUUGAUAUUGAUUAUACGACGGCAAAAUCAGUUCCCGUUCACUUUUAUUUGUCUCACAUUUUUUUUGACUCAUUUUAUGAUAGAUGAUAUUCCAACAAUAUUUCGAAGCCAACUGAAUUGGUAUAAUCUUGUAACGUGGUCGGGGACAAUCUUUUAAUGUGACAUUUUGUUUAUCUUAUCGUUUUAUAAUAACAUUAUUGUGAGUGAACAGGUGAUUCCGUAAUUAAGAUAGAAGUGUACGAAUAUUAUUAUUAAUAUAACUGUUGUCAUGUUUUUUUUUAUUUUUAAAUAUAAUUAAAAAUCGUCAAAGAAUAAUAUGCAUGUAUUAAUUUAUCGAAAAAAAAGUAUAUGAUGAAGAAAAAUGUAUAUUUAUUUAAAAAUGUUGGGUGUACGAAUACUUUUUACUUUUUACCUACCUACAUGAUACAGUUUGUAAUUUUGAACUCAUCAAAAAUUAUAAUUUUGAGUCUAGAAACCGAUUGUUAUAAUGUUAUAUACCUACCUAUUUCUUGACACUCAGUUAAAUUAACUUAUAAAUUAUAUUAUAUAUUUUUUACCUAUGUGAUCAUAUUUUAAUGAAUGUAGGUAAUUUAUUCACAUACUCCAUGAACGAUAAUGCGAUAUCAUGCUAAUAGUUUCAUAGUUCAGACAUAUUCGUAAAAUUAAUUUACAAUAUCUUCACGAUGUGAAAAUUGAGAUUUGUAAUAUUUAAAAUAUAUAUAAAUAUAUACCUACCUUGUUCAAAAUUAAAUAGAUAGGUAAGUUAUAUUUUAUUUAAAACCUUAAAUUUAAUCUUUUAUGUGAUAAAACUAAUUCUAAUAUGCAAAUUAUUCGCCAAAAUUUAACUCUAAAUUUGUUUACAGUCAGCCCAUCGAUUUCAGAAACCAGCCGUGUCUAACGAAUAUAAUAAUACAAUAAAUAAAUAUGAAGUGUAUGAUAAAUCUUGUAAGAUCUAGAUUUAAAACUUGACAUUUUUACAUAAAAUUAACAUAGUAAGAAUAACAUAUAAUUAACUUAUUAUUAAUAGAAUAAUAUAGGUACCCACCCAUAUAUUUAUCUAUAGGUAUCUACUAUGUAGGAGUUUACAGGAUUAUAUAUAGCAUAUAUGGCUAUAUUGCUAAUGUAAAAUGAAAACAUUAUUGUUAAAACAUAUAGGCUUUGUGGUAUUGAUAUAGGUAGUUAAUAUACUUACGAGUAUUAUGACCUCGACAAACCAGCAACAUCACAUUAUUAUACCGCAACACAUACCUAGUGUUUUUGAACUACAGUAGGUACCUAGCUAUUAUGUGUUAACUUCAUAUAUUUAAACUUAUUGUUACAGCAUACACAAUACACUUCAGUUACCAUGAGUGAAUUCAUUGGCUGUUUCACGUUUAUUUUAAUAGUAAUUUCAUCUUUUUUACUAACAAAUUGCAGUUUACAACGAGAAUCCAAAAAUAAACAACCUCAUAUUGUUCUAAUCAUUGCUGAUGAUUUGGUGAGUACCUUAUUAAAAAAUUAAAAUUCCUUUUUAAUACCUGGCUCAUGUUAAAUAAGUUUGAUUUAUUUUACACGUACUGGUCAAAGUUCAGAAUGUCACUAAAUUAUAAAACUGUAUUUUAGGAGUACCAAUAUUUCUAGAGUUCUUGUAGGUAGGUUUCUAAAUCAAUUUAUACAAAUAUUAUCACAUUAAAUUUUUACUUUUAAACUAAAAAAACAAAUCAAAAUAGUUGAUACCUAUCCAAAAACCUAUUAUAUAUUAUGUAAAGUAAUAAUAUAGGUCGGUAAAGUAAUAAUCAUAUUUUAUUAUUUUAUAAUACAAAAACAAUUCUUAAGAAUAAUUUAUGAAUUUGUUUACUGAUUAAGUACUUAUAAUAAUAUAUAGUCGUAAUAAGUUAAAUCUUAAUUUAAAAAUUACAUUAUAUACUUAAAAAUAUAUUAUUGGAGCAGAUUCUAGAAAAUUGUGUCCAAUUUAUAAAAAUUUGAACAGCGAGGUAAAUACAGUUAUUUAAUUAUUAAUAAAUAUUGGAAUUAUAUUCUUUUUUUAUUAUUAUUUAUUUUAAGCCAAUACUUCGAUGUAGUUUGGUUCAGAUUUAAUUGUUCAGGUAUAGGUUAUUUUUUUAGUUUUUUUUGCACAAUUUAUAUGGUAGGUAAUAUGUUAAAUUAAAAUUUAAAAAAAUUAAUUUUACCUUCCUACAUCUAACGAUUUUAGGAGAUGUUUAAAUUUUGAUAUUAUUUUCAAUUAUUUAUUGAUAAGUUUGAACCGAAGUAAUGGUCAUUUUUAGUUUUCUCUUACCUACUUUUUCAUUAGGUAGGAAUAUAUUUUAAGAUUGUUUCGAAAUCAGUCAAACAAAUUUGAAUACCUACUAAGGAACGAAAUAAUACGAGAGCUCAAUAACUUUGUUACCUGUCCUACCUAAAUUAAGCUAAAACUUUAAAAUAGAGUCUUAUUAUUUCUCAAUAGAAAUUAACAACUUAUUCACACAACGGUUAACAUGUACGCUAUUUGUUUCGUGUGCCUAUGUAUGGACCAAAGUUUUUAAACUUGUUGUAAAUUCUCUAUAAUGUGAGAUAUAAAAUGCAUGAAAGUAAUAUCGUCUAUCUAAUAUACAUAUUCCUGUAAUAUAGUGCAUUAAACGUGCAUAAAGUAUACCUGAUUUAAUUACCUAUAUCUAAAUAAUGAAAAAAAUUCCUCUUGACGGUAAUAAUCAUUGCAAUUAACAUUCAUUUGUUUUCAUAUCUAUUCAUUACAUUGAUAUCUAUUUACUCGUGUUCACCUGAAUUAGUAUAACGUCUUACAAUGAAUUACAACGGUCGAUCAGGUGAGGCUGAAGAAAAUCGGCAUUCGCGUUUUUUUUUUUUUUAAAUUUUGGUAUUCUUAAAUAAAAUAGAGUGUAGCUGUAACCCGUGACUUCGUUCGGAAAUUUACAAUGCCUUCUAUUUGAGGUGUAUGAAAGAUGAAUAAGCUAUUGAUGUAGACAAAAUUUGAAUAAUAUAAUAAUCACCUACUUUCAGCAGUCACAAAUUAGGACAAAUAUUUUGAAAUAUUCUAUUAUAAUAAUUUAAAAUUACGUAAUGAUUUUCCCUUGAAAUUAUAUUUUUUCUUCUCUCCCCUUAAGUUAACUAUUUACAUGGUAUUCAGUUUUAUAUCCAUUUACAAAAAAAAAAAAUUAUUAGUUGUUUAACUUUUUGAAAAUGUAAGAAACAAGUAGCUCUAAAAUAUUACAUUUAUAUCAUUUCUUGUCACCUUUAUUUUUGGGUGUGAAACGACUAUCUAUUUUUAAUUUUUAAAUGACAACACAUAUUUAAAACUUGAAAGCUUAAAUAAAUGUUGGUGUUGAAGAUAUUGAUUUUUUUCAAUCUGUUGAUAUAUACCACUAUUAAGUUGUGGUAGGGGGCGAUUAGUAGUACAUCAUUUGUGUGGUAGCACGGCAUGCAGCGUUUUAAUAGAUAGUGCUGAACUAUCUUAAUAAUAACUUGACGGAAAUCAAAAAUGUAUUAUAUAGGUAUACGUAUACCUAUCGAUAUUUAAAUACUAAAAAUACGUCCUAGGAUAAUAGGAACGGGUGCAGCUACUGUUUUAUGUAGAUAAUUUAAUGUAUACCUGUAAGCAACGAUAAACCAUUGCUGACGAAAAAACCAUUCUGAGCGUAGUUAGGUUCGAAAAAGUACCUCCCUAAAUACUUCCCCACAUCGAUUUCCUUCGGAAAAAAAAAUAAAUAUCUUUGUAAAACCAUAAGCUUCUCCGCUCUACUCAGAAUCUAAAAUUCAAAAAAUCAAAAUGAAUAUACAUUUUAGCUAUACAAAUUCUACCACGUCUAGAAAAGUACCUACCAACUAGACACAAUUUUACUUUUUAAACAGAUGCUACACUUCCGAUUAAGAUUUAUGAUAAGUAGAAAAGUUGUUAACAGACACAAAAAAAAACACACACAUCAUAAUGAAACCAAUAUACUUCCAUGUCUUGCUAGGCUCAGAAUUUAGAAUAUUAUAAUAUUACUUAGCAAUAAUAUUAACUAGCAAUAAUCUGUCCAAUUUAUAAAAAGGGAGACAGGUCAAGCUACCAAAAUUACCGAGGAAUAUCGUUGCUAAAUACAAUGUACAAAUCGUUGCUAAAUACAAUGNUACUAAACAGAAUAAAACCUUACAUAAAAGAUAUCAUUGGAGACUACCAAUGUGGUUUUAUGAAUGGUAAAUCCACCAUAGAUCACAUUUUCACUGUUAAGCAACUAGUUGAGAAACAUUACGAAUUCGACAAUGAUCUACAUCUACUAUGUAUUGACUAUAAACAGGCUUAUGAUUCAAUUAAUAGAGAAGUACUAUGGGACACACUUAUAACCUUUGGGAUACCAGCUAAGAUAGUGAAAAUGAUCAAAUUAUGUAUGAAUAAAACUAGAUGUAAAGUUAUAUUCAAUCAACAUAUAUCAGAUGAAUUUGAAGUUAAGACUGGACUUCGACAGGGAGAUGCCCUAUCCCCAAUACUCUUUAAUAUAGCAUUAGAAAUGGUAGUUAGAAAAACUCAAAAAAAAUAUGGUGGUGUAAACUUGGAAGAGAACAGAAGACAAUGCGCAGUACUAGCGUACGCAGAUGAUAUUAUCAUAUUGGAAUCAGACAGUCAAGAAGUCAAAGCAGGAACCAAAGAACUAAUAAUAAACAGCAAAGACAUUGGAUUACAAAUAAACGAAGGAAAAACCAAAUAUAUGGUAAUAUCUAGGCGAGAAAAUCACGAGGAAAAUGUAGAAGUUGAGAAUUAUACAUUUGAAAGAGUGCAAAAUUUUAAAUACCUGGGUGUUACAAUAAAUAGCAAAAAUAAUAAUCACGAUGAAAUUAAAAUAAGACUAACUGCAGCAAAUAAAUGCUAUUACGGAGUAACGAGUAUACUAAAAUCAAAACAGGUAUCACUCAAAUCAAAAAUUAUAAUAUACAAGGUAAUUAUCAGACCAGUCCUUUUAUAUGCGUGUGAAACAUGGCCAACAACUAAAGGAGACGAAGACAAAUUAGCAAUACUCGAAAGAAGAAUAUUUGGGCCAAAAAUAAAUAAUACGACAAUAUGAGAAAAUAAAUAAUAUAGAAAUACAACAAUUAUAUAAAGAGCCAGACAUAGUAGCAGUAUUAAAAAAUAGGAGAAUGGCCGGUCAUGUAUGGAGGUCAAAUGGUCUUAUGAAAGAGGUUUUAAAAUGGAAACCCCAGGGAAAAAGACCACUUGGCAGGCCGAAACAAAGGUGGAGAAGAAUUUAGCAGAGAUUGGAAUACGAGAUGGAGAAACAAUAGCACAGGACAGAGACAGAUGGAAGCAAGUUUGUGUUGCGGUAAUGGGCCUCAAUGGCCUUUAAAAAACCGAUGAAGAAGAAGAUAAUAUUACUUACUCAUAUUAUUGUUAGGCGUAUAGCGCGUGUUACCUGUGUAUAUAUAUCAUAUUGUCUUAAUUGUAUACACCUAUACGUCUAAUCAUUAGAUGUUAAAUUCUAACGGUUGGGCACAGUAUGUGUUGGCUUCUAGUUUUAACAAUAGAACCACAGAAUCAGAAUUAAUAAUGUAUAUACUUAUAGAUUAUAGUACAAUAAAGUCGAUAAUGGAAUUUAAAAAUAUUUCGAGGGUUUGGCUCUCAUCCAUGGGCAUCUCGAUAACCACGUUGUAUAUCACUCCUGCGGCGCGAUUCCUAUACUAAAGCUGAUUUUUUGGACGUAUAUUGUUGUUAUAAUUGUAAAUAAUAAUAAUCAAUGUUAUCAAUAUUUUCCUUAAAACACUCAUCUCGAAAAGACAAAAUUAUUUACUUUUUUCGUGGACAACUUGUGAAACAAGUAGCUCUAAAAUGUUACAGUUUUUAUUUUUUGUGAACCUAAUUUUCGGGCGUGAAACCACUAUUUUGAUUUUCAAAUAGCAAUCUAUAUUCAACAUUCUAUAAUUAUUAGAUGAUGUGUUUCAGUUAAAAAUUUAAGAAAAAUUAGCAUUACUAGACAUUUUUUAACGAGAUAUUCAAUUUUUAAGUUAUAUAAAUUGAUAUUUGAAAAUCGAAAGUGGAUAGUUGUUUUAUCCGAAAAUGUAAGUGUGAUAAAAAAUAAAAUGGUAAUAAAUAUUUUAGAGCUAAUUGUGUAGAUGUAGAUGUGUGUAAAUGUUUUAUAAGUUGUCAAAACAAUUUUUGAAAAAGUAAAUAUUUUCCAACAUAAUGAAUCAAGAAUUAAAUUACUUGUAUAUUUUAUACGAAUUUCUUAAAUAUCCUGUAUUUUAACUAUCACUUAAUACUAAUAUAACAAUAUGUAUAAUUUUAUAUUUAUACUCGUAAUAGGGUUGGAACGAUGUUAGUUUUCACGGAUCUGUUCAAAUACCCACACCAAAUAUUGACGCACUGGCAUACAGUGGUGUGAUAUUGAAUCGGCAUUAUGUUCAACCAACUUGUACACCAUCGAGGGCUGCUUUACUUACUGGAAAAUAUCCAAUUCGUUAUGGUAACGUACCUAUAUAUUACAAUGAUGCUACUUUAAUAUGAUUUCUACCGGCAGUUUUCUUAUUCAUUAUGCAGUUUAUAUUAUAUUUUAAAGCUAUUAAAAAUACGUGAGUUUAGACCCUAAAAUAUUUUUAUUACAAAGUUAUAGGGAUUUAAAUUUUACAGGGAUAUUGCUGUGAAUAUGAUAUGGUCACUCCAAACAUAAUACUGGUAAUUGCAGGAGUAAAGAAAUUUUAGUAGUUAUCUUAAGUGUAAUAAACCUAGCUCUCGCUAUUAUACACAGUAUGUCUGAAAAGUUCUCGAAUUAAUUUAUUUAUGGAAUACAAAUAGCUUUACCUCUCAUACAAGAAAUGCAUUUAGUACAAAGUCUAACAAAUAUGUAAACAAAAUAUCAGCACGUUUAGUUUCUUCAGUCUCGAGUUGUAUUCUGCUGUGUAAGAUGUGUUCAAGAUACAUUGUACGACCUUGCAACACGGAACAAAGAAGCUCUAAACAAUUUUACGUUUGACUUUAAAAAUCGUUUACAGAAAGAAACAUUUUUUAUGAUGUAGCAAGCUUUCGGAGAUGAAGCUACUUCUCGUACUACAACGUAUACAUGGUGGAAGCGAUUUAAAAACGGUCAAGAAUCUUUGGGUGAGGAUGAACGAAGUUGACGGCUAGACUAACAAAUGUUCACGAUAAAAAUGUUUCGAAAGUGCGUUCGCUGAUGCUCGAACAACUUCAUCUUACACUUCGGAUCAUAGCAGAAAAGUUUAACAUCGGUAAGACACAGUACUUACGCACAAUUUUAACAGAAAAAAUAAACCGUUGAAAGAUUAGUUUUCGCUUCGUUCCACAUUUUUUGACCGAUGAACAAAAACAAACUUUCUUGUAAUAGAGACUUCAAAUUCCAAGAACUCGAUUUGGCUUUUGCAGAUUAUUUAUAUUUCCAAAGCUCAAAUUGAAGAUUAAAGGUCACUUUUUUGAUAAUAUUCCGGCGAAACAAAGAGCUUGUAGAGAACUGCAGUUAAAGGCAAUUCCUCAAAAUGAGUUCUUCAACGUGUUUGAACAGCUUUACCGGCGCUGCAACGAGAGUAUAACUAGACCAGUACUUUAUGUAGAGGGUUGGUAUGAAUAAAUUUGUUUAUCUUUAAAUUGGGUAUUUUUUAUUUAAUUUAUUUCGGGAACUUAUCAGGUGUACUGUGUACGCAAGAUUGGGUUUGCAGGGUAUGAAAUAAAUCUUAAUCAAUCAUUAUCAAUAUGUUUAUAUUUAUAAUAGUAUACCGCAGUACCUACGUAGAUAUUUUUUAAUAGCACGGACUAGGUAAACCGCAUAUUCUAAUACUCAUAGGGCUAUAGUAUUUAUUUUAAAUGUACAUAUUUCUAUUAAAUUAUAAUAUUCAUUGUAAUUUUAUAUUAUUAUUAAUUAAUUUUAAUAUUCAUUGUUUAAUAUGCGAUUAUCACUGUGGAGUAGUAUAUUAAGUCCCAUGGACAUCGAAAGGAUUCAUUUUGAAUAUAUGCAAUAUUUGUAAAUAAAACCUUAUAAUGUUUGUAUAAUUAUGUGAUUUGAGUACUUACUAGGGAAUAGGGGUUACCCGAUUGAGCGAUAUUGAAAUAAAAAAUCUAUGGGUAGUUACAAAAAACUAUUUUAUAGAUCUAAGAAUAGAAUAUUAAACAAUUUAAAUAAAAGUACAAAAGAAAUACCACCGUUGUGAGAUUCGAACUUUUGACAUUAAAUUUAGCUUACUUUGUAAUUUAUCCUAACAUAUGCCUUAGUCAAUCUUCCCAAUUUAACACAUGUUGAAAAUGAGACUAGAUAGUUUCUGUCAUCUUCAAGUGUUGAUGCUGAUACAUAGUUGUCGUAUAAGUGUAUUUAGUUGACAGUAAGUAAUUGUAUAGGGUAUGAGGGUUUACCACUCCAAAAAAAAAAUUUUGUCAUGUCUUCUUUGUUUUUCCAUCUAUCACAAACAUAUGACUUCAUAAUUUUUCAAUCGAUUUUUAUUAAAUUGUGUAGAUAGAUCAUAGGUGUCUUGUGUGAACCUCCAUACAUUUUUAUAGUCAACAAAUUAUUUAGAUAUUGUUUCCUAUACUUCGUGACUUAUGUAUAUGUACUCCUAAAUUCGGUAUAUUAGCGAGAUGUACGUAUCUUUUCUCUUAAAUUUCUAACCAUGUAAUUAAAAUACGAAAAAAAAUCCAGAAAUAGUAGCUCUUAUUCAAUGGAAAUUAUUUUGAAAAAAAAAAUCAAAACAUAACAAUAAUCAUUAAUUAGAUGUUUUUUAAAAAAGUAAAAUUUAGAAAUAUCUAUUAGAGGUUUUUGUUGAAUGGUGCAAUGGGUUUUUACAUUUCUGCCUGUCGUAUGUCUGCUAAAAUCACUUAAAUAUAACAAAAUAAAUUAAAUUAUACCUAAUAUGUUUUUAUCGUUUUAUUAGUACUAGCGAAUGUAUAAUUCAAUACUUCUUAUGUUUGUGAAACUUAAUGGCUAAUUAAAGUUACCUGUAAAGUCGAUCUAUCUUUUGUAUACACUUAAGACCUGACUUGAAACCAAUAAUAUACAAAAAAUAUGAAGCGUAAUCUACUAUAAUAUUGAAACAUAAACUUUAUGGAAGUAAAAUAUUUUGUAUUAAUAUAAUAUAAUAUUUACGUUAAUCAUUUUUAGGCCUUCAAGGAACCCCUAUUAUUGCUGGUCAACCUUUAUCACUUUCGUCAAAAGAAAAAAUUCUACCACAAGUAAAUAUGAUAGUUCAAUAUUCUAUAAUAUUAUAUGUUAUAUUAUGUUUUAAUGGAAUAUUAACAAUUUAUAAAUAAUAAAAUGUUAGUAUUUACAAGAUUUGGGAUAUUCAACUCAUUUAGUAGGAAAAUGGCACUUAGGUGCAUAUAAAAAACAGUUUACCCCCACAAAAAGAGGAUUCGAUAGUCAUUUUGGUUACUGGAAUGGAUUUAUAAGUUAUAGAAAUAGUACUCAUUCUACGGUAAAUACCAUUUAAUUAUAUAUUUAGUAUAAAUAACGAGGUAAUGAAUUCGGUUUAAAUAAUUAUAUUUUAGACAUUAAUGAGUGGAAAAGAUGCCAGACGUGGAUUUGAACGGGUAGGAAAUGAGAUGAUCGAUAGAUAUGCAACAGACAUUUUUACAGAAGAAGCUCAUAAAGUUAUAGAAUCGUGUAAACAUCAAGAAAAACCUAUGUUUUUAAUGAUAAGUCAUUUAGCUGUUCAUACUGGAGUCCCUGGACCAAAUCUAUUGGAAGUUUCAAAUAAUACAUAUAAUGAUAUCAGAUUCAAUUAUAUUCAAAAUAAAGAAAGAAGACUUUAUGCAGGUAAGAAUAUAAUAUUUAGAAAUGUAUAACUUUAGUAUUGCUUAUAAUUAUCUGUAAUGUGUCAUAUUUAUUUUUGACCAGUUAACCAAAUCUUAAGUUUAAUUUACUAUUCAUAUUAUAGUCUUCUACAGGUACAUUCAAUAUAAUUUGUAUAAUUUAAAAUAUUUCAAGAUUAAUUAAUUCAUUUAAAACCAAGAGAAUUAUAAAUAAAAUUAUCAUACCUAAAUGUAUAUUAUAUUAUUAAAUAUUUGGAGUAGUUAUAUCUAGCUAAUAGAUUUUAAUUGUUUUAUAUUAACGAUACAAAAUAAGAUCUAGGAUUUGGCGUAGCUGUUUUGGACGUAUGUAAAUUUUUAUUUAUAAUAUUUUAUAUAGGAUCUCUAUCAGUGAUGGAUUUAGGAACAGGCUAAAUAGGCUAUAGCCUAUGGCGGAUUUUUUUUUAGAAUUAAGAGUUAUUAGGUAAAUUUAUUUCUUCUUUUUUUUCUAUAUGUAUAAUUUAAACACAAAUAAAAAUAAUUUUAAAAAGUUAUGUUAAUAUGUACGAUGUACCUGGUAAGAAUAUUAAAACUAUUAUUAAAAUUUAAAAAAUACUCCAUGUGUAAUAUUAGUCUGCACAUAUUAGGAACAUCUGAAUAUGGGUAUUUUCUAAAAAUAUAAUAGUUAUUUGUUAUUUUCGGAAGAUUUCACCACAACACUGCCUACGACCGGCGACCGUGCGUGAUCAUCAUGUUUUAACUAUUGAUAAUAUUAUGUCCAAAAAUAGAAAUAAAAUAAACUUUUAAUUUCUCACAUUUAAAUUAAUUUGAAUGUUGACACUUAACGAGUGACGAUGGGAGUAGCUUGCAGUUUAUUCGUCUGGACUGGAUGGCAGUUUAAAAGGUAAUAAAGUACUUUAAUUACUUACCAACUUAUUCAUUAUCUUAUUUAACCUUCUAGCGGAUACGCUUUUGAAAAUAGUACAACAAUUUUGUACUUGUGGAUCUUUUUGUCUGAUUUUAUUUCUUUCCUUCUUUAGUAGAAAUUUUGAUUUUGAUUUCAUUACAUACUUUAUAUAAGUUUAGUAGUGUAGUAUUGUAGAUAGUCAUUAAAUAUAACACGCAUCGUACCUUAUGUAGGUAUCUAAUUUAUUAUUUUAUGAACAAAUAAACUACUAUAUAGUUCGUAUGGCUAUAGCCUAUAUUAAUAUAGAACAGAAAAGAGUUUAGACCAAGUAUUCUUGGUUUCUUAGUUGUGUGAAGGGGGGGGGGGGCGCCAGAGUGAUUAAGCCAAUGGGCGCCAAAAUGGUAAAUCCGCCACUGAUCACUAGCUGAUUCUGCACGAAGUUGCUCGUGACGAAUUCAAUGGCCGUGGAUUCACCCCCUUUAAAACUCCAUUAAAAGUCAGCACUAAGCUACAUAUAUUUUUAAUAUAGCUUUAAAAUAUAUACCCAAAUAUAUAUUUGGGUUGUUUUGAUCAAAUAUAAAACAGCGGAUACUUGACGUGUUCUACUACGCUAAAAAAAGAAAUACAUUUUGUUUAUUUAUUAACUUUUUUAUCUUAAUGCUAGAGGAUAAACAAUAUUUUGAGUUUUUUCGGUAGAUGUGUAAACAUAAAGAUUAUUCGGGAUUCCAACUCUGGUGCAAGCAACAUAUAAUUGGCCGUACGAAAAACAGGAAUUUUUUAAGUUCAAACCAGCAAAACUUAGCGAUUGGCCUUGAGCCUUGUUGAGGGUUAUAGUGAAAGACAGACCCACUGGAAACUGAAAUCGCUUAAAAUCAAAUGAAAAAUGGGUUGAAAUCAUUACAAUUCGUGGUAUCAGCACAUCUUUUCCUUUACAUUUGCCACUGAUGAUUGUGGCUUCGAUUAAAUUCAGCGAUAAUUUUUUAACAAGUCUUCUUCCGUUGCACAAUUUCGGGGGAUCUAAGUUGCGAACAAGCAUCAACGGUGAAUCAACUUUUAAAGUCAAGAUGUCAGAUGGUUCCAAAGACUUAAGAAACUCUAUUGGAUAGUUGACAGCUUGUUUCUCAUCUAUAACAGUGUCAAUCGAUUUGUACUUAAUUUGAUGAUUUAUUUUGUUGACAUCAUCAUUCUUUGGAGCUAAAAAUGCUCGUUCGCAAAACCAAUCAUAAUUUAAAAAAUUUUCAACAUCAGAAAAUACUUUCUGUACAACAUUUUGAAUUGAUGAAAAUUUAUUUGGCAAAAGUUUAGCGGAAAAGAUAUUUUACGUGUAAUCGGAUCAAAAUGAAGUUUUCCAAAGCUGUUUUGCGUAUUUUUGGAAUAUUCGUGAAAUUUUAUUUUUCGAUUGAAUUUCAGAGAGUAUCUAAUUAAGCAAGAAUAUUUUUCCAGUGCCUCUAGGAAAAUAAUUCCAUCACUUUCGACUGCUACAUGUAAAGCGGUGACAACUUGACUUUACCAUUCGAUAACAUAUGUCGGGUGAUUCCUUUUGAAAUUUCAGAGCGUGGCAGUACAAACAAAGAAUGCUUAUCGGCUUGCUGUAGCAGCUCUGAUUUGAACUUGUUCUAGACAUACUGUACGUUGAUUGGAUGUUUCGGAUCUUUUUCGUUUCGCAUCUGCUGUAUUUCUUCUAAUUUCAGGGUUUAAAUCACACUCUUUUCGGUGGUAUUUUUGUUAACAACACCUCAAAAUCAUCACCAAAUUAUACAAAAGCAAAUAUUUUUUUACUAUUAAUGAGGUUUUUAAUAUUUUCUAACUAACCACAAAUAAUAAUAAAACUUUUAUAACGGUUUUAAGUAACGUUACAUAACAAUUAAACACGUUGUUUGUACGAGUACGAUUAUUGUAUUAUUUUGUAAUUUCGAAUUAAAAAUUUGCUAUAAACUUUUCCCUAAGAAUUGCAGAUUAUAUCGGUGAAAACCGCAUACUAAUCGGUCCAGUAGAUUCUAAGUCUAUAACGGACAUCCAAACAUUUGUUGUGUUUUAAAUAAAUAUAUUUGUACAAGAACAAAUAAAGAAUUACUGAUUUUAUUUAAAAUUUCGCUUCCAUAAAUUUCUAAAUAAUCUACUAUGCACAAAUUAUUUAAUUUCGUUUAAAUUCUUUACAAAAAUUCCAUAUUAUUUGUUUUAUUUUCGUACGUCGGGACGUUGUUUAUUCUGUAAAAAUUAAUUAUUCUCUCCCAUUAUAAAAUAUAAUUCAAUAUUAAAAUAAAUGUGACAUUAAUAAUAUAGAAUCAAGUUUUUAAAUUAAAUUAAAUAAGUAUCUAUUGUUCCAGGUGGGCUAUCUGGUUUUUUUCUAUAUUCUAUACGAACCUGACUUUAUUUUCCACUUUGGCUUCUGUUUACUAAAAUUAUCAGUUACCCAGAUUGUUUGAAUUGCGUGCCAAUUGGAGCAUUAAAGAGCACUAAGAUUAAUAUCACUGACUUUUGUGACUCUCCUAAAAAGUUUUUAUUGGCAUUUAUCACAUAUAAAAAGUUCCUAGCAAACUUGAAGUUGGAUUUAUUUUUGAUCCUUUACAUUUCCUCUAAAAUCUCGGGACAAACUUUGCUGCCACUUAGUGUAUCUGCAGUUUUUCAGUUACAAUUUUUGGCACGAGUUAUGUAAAAUAUCACAUUUCUCUGCAAACCAAUAUCCUAAUAUCACAGCGGAAGAAAAAAAUCCUACCCAAUCCCUCAAAAAACUCUUCUUUUAGGUUCGUUAUAAAAUUGCUAAUACAAUAAAUAAAAAUAUUUUUCAAAGACAUCGGUUACAUCAAAACUAAGAAGAUUAUAGAUAAUUUUUAAAAACAGUUGUUCUCAGAAGUCAUAAAAGCCAGUGAUAUCAAUCCUACCGCUCUUCAAGUUUCCGUUGGCCGGAAAUUCAAACAGUUCUGGUACUUUUUGAUCACUCCUCAUAUCUUAAAGUCUGAUUUUAUUUUAUAAAUCUUGGGAUUACUCAAUUAGCCAAGACAUUGUUAUAGAUUUUUUUUAUUGAUUGUUCAUAAUUAUGUCUAUAUUAUUAACUAUUUUAAAUAAAUAUAUCCGUAUAUCUAAGAUGUAUACCUACGACGGUAAGAAAAAAUUAAUAUAAAAUAUACACUAUGAAGGGUAACAAUAAUAUACUUACCUAUCCUGAACGGAGUAUCCUCAGCAACAAUGUUGAGUUUGAAUACAGGUAUAAUUAUAUUUAUUUAUUAUGUUGAUGAGAAUAGGUAGUAGGAAUGAUAAAAUAAACACUUGAUUUAGUUAAAAAUGAUGAUGUCGAAAUGUUAGAAGCCGAAACAGCACGCACUCGCGGGAAGACGAAAAAGAUGACGAGUCGCCAAGACAGGAUCCGGUGGCCGAAUGAAUCGAGGAGCCUUUUAUGAGAAAGAAAGGGGAAAAGAGUGGAGUGGUUUUGUCCGGUUUUCAUUAUCAUGUAUUAUUAUAUGAGAUAUUUAAUUGUAAUACAUACUAUUUUGUAUUAAUCUAAAUUGACUAAUAAACUGAUAAAAUAAAGUGGUGUUCACUAUAAUAAAAUGUAAUGUAGAUAAUAUUAUAUUAUGAUAUAACUAGUUGAUUAAAAUUAUGAUAUAUACCAUAUUGUAUAUAUCAUUACAAAUAUUAUGAUUAUAUAUUGUUGAAAAAGAGAAACUAUCAACUGAACUCUGCUCAAAAUGGUAUUUUUGUUUGCAAUGGUUAAUCGUUGCCUACAGAUAUACAUUAAAUUCUCGUCUGUAUCUUAUCUUCUAAUUUCCCACCUAAAACAGCGGUCCACCCUAUAAGUAUGGCCGUCUUUUUAAAAUGUAUGUAUAUAAUUAUAAAUUUGGUUAUUUUGUGAGCUCCCCAUAUAAUUGAUAUAAUUUCUAUACAAUCCCUGUUUCUGGUAGAAAACAUAGUUUGCAAUUUAGUUAGUUGUAUUUGGUAACUUCGCAGUGCGUCGUAAAUAUUUGCCAUCUUUCCGAAAAAUUUUUUCAAGAUUUUCCCAAUAUUAUUAUAAAAUCCCCUGGUAAAUCAAAAAUAAUCCACCAAUACACCAACGAUAUAGAAUUUACCUUCAGAAAAUAUGCUAUACUUGAUAUAUCGGAGCAAGAUUUCCGGUGGAAAAGUUGCUUACACACAUAAAAAAAAAAAACAUCUAAGUAAAACCAAUAGAUUAUAGAUCCCUCACUACACUUAGAAUCUAAAAAUAUAUUCAAUAGGAUUAAUCAUUUCUUCAAUCCGAAUUAGACUCAUCCAUUUACGAAUAGCCAGGUUUCGGUUCCUUUUUAUUCUAAUUUUCAUUGACGUGAAUAUACGCAUAUAUAUAUAUAUGUGCAGUAUCAAUAAUUAUCGAUAUAUUACCCAUUUGUCUUUUUGGGGACUAUAAUUAUUUUAAUCAAUUAAAAUAUAUAUUUUAUUUACAUAAAUUAUGUAUUUUAAUUUAUAUAAGUACUCAUCAAAUUUACACUCUUAAAUUUCAUAAUUUAUCUUUAAUUUUGUAGCAUUUUUAGUUCCCAAAUUUUUGUUUCUUUCUUUGUUAGUUUUAAAUUUCUCCUCUACAUUAAUUAAUUUAUUUUUUGAUGGACGAUUUCGUAAAUUUCCUGAAAUUUUAAUCAAUAAUUAUUUUCUUGAUAAUUUAUUAGCAUAAAAUUGAAAAUGUAAUAACAAAUAAAUACAUUUUAUCGAUAUUACCAUAAAUAAUCACGGUCGUCAAGGAAAAUUUUUUAUUUAUCAAUUUCAUAUAUUCAUCUUCAUCUGUCAAUUUUUCAUAAUUAUUAAACAAUAAUAUACUAAAUAAUAAACGGUAUAUAAAAAGUAUAUAUAAUUUAUGCAAUAUUCAGUAUACAUUGGGAGUGAUGAAAAUGUAUAUAUAAAAUAUACAAAGACGUAUUAUUUUAUUAUUAUAUUAUUUUUCUUCGAUUUGGUUGUUAUGGAAAUAAGUAAACAAAAAUUGUAUCCACCUUAAAACAUAAUAUAUAUGUUAGAGAAUGUUUUGAAUGUCGAUCCAGUAAUUCCGGGGAUGACCCCCUUUAUACAAACUAACAAAUUGUAUCUCUUUACAAUAUUAGUAAAUAGUUAUAAUAAACAGACAGACAGUGUCUGUCACACACAACAACGUGAAAAGUUUCUAUUUUUGUAAACAAUUCAACAAAACUAAUUAAUAUAUUAUGUUUAAAUGUGGUAUAAAUUGUGAUUUAUAAUAUUUAUAGUAUUAUCUAUGAUUUAAUGACUAGCUGUUAAUAUAUUCUAAUGUAAAAUUGUCAAAUAUUUUAUAAAAAAAAAAAAAAAUAUAUAUAAAAUGAAUAAUAUAAUUUCAGGAAUGCUGACUUCAUUAGAUGACUCUGUGGGUAGUGUAAUUAAAUCGCUGGAUAAUAAUGGAAUGUUGGAAAAUUCAAUAGUGUUGUUUAUAUCUGAUAAUGGUGCACCAGCUGAUGAUCCUAUAUGGGGCUAUGAAAAUUCAGGGUCUAAUUGGCCAUUAAGAGGAGUAUGCAAAAAAUAACAUUAUAUACGUAAUUGUUAUAAUAAUUAUUUUAUUACUAAUUUGUAAACAUUUUUGUUUUUUUUUUUUUCUGGAUUUUGAUAUUGUUCUCGUAAUCUGUCAAUUUUGGUAACAAUACAUACGAGGAUCGAUCAAUAAGUAGAUAACCGUGUUUGAAUGACAGAUGACAUUGCUAAGAGAAGAUUUCAUAAUUAGACAUUUUAAACAAUAAAAUAUUUGUUUUUAAUCUCUGGACAUCGUGGAGUAUAAAAUUCAUCAUACUAAAUUCCAGACUGAUUCGUAGUUCAGUUUUUCUUUGGCAAUUAUCAGUCAGCACGUGUUUUGCGCGUCUUGAUAAAAUGGGAGAAGAGUAAUAUCGAUCCGUAAUUUGCUUUUUACUUUUGGAUAGAAAACCAUGUGAAGAAAUAAAAAUGAAGUUAAAUGCGAAAUAUUUACCAUCUAUAGGUAUAAGUGUAUAACAGUGACUCGAGAGAUAUUGCUUCAACGAAUUUAAACUUAGUCAUGCAUUUGUUUUUUUAUGAGACUUAGUGGUCCAGUUAACGUGAUUGUUAUCGAAAAAAUCGUUGAAAAGCAGAACAAAAGCGGAGACCGUAGGUAUGCCAUUGGAAUUGGUCAAUGUGUAUUGUGUACACUAUUCUACCCAUUUUGCCCAUAGUUUGUCUCCAUCUAUAUACAUUUUAUUCUAUCUGAUUACUCUAUUAUUAUUUUUCUAUAAUCAACUAUAAAAACGAAUUAUUUAAAUUCAUAAUGUUAACUCAUUUGGUUUGUAUCUUUACGAUGAAAAUACUUUGAAAUUUAAGUAAUUUUAAAUCAACUUAAAGUACAUAGCCACACGGGUAUAACUAAAGUAUACAUAUUUACAUAUUUAAAUUAAUUUUUAAAGGUAAAAAUUUAAGUAAAUAAAUACAAAGCUUUAUUAAUAUAUAUUUUCUACAUAUUUAUAUUUAUUUAUUAUUUAUAAUUUUCAAAAAAGAGUACAAUUUCAUGUACUUAACACUAUUGUUAAGGACAUAGGACAAUGCAUCAAAAAAGAGUACGCCCGGUCACCAUACCUAUAAGGUCUUUCAUUACGAUAGGGAACCAGCAUAUUAUUUAUUCCGAAAUUGUCAAGGCCUAAAUGUAUGAACCAGGGGCGGACUGACUAUGUAUGAGGCGAGUCGGCAAUUUUUUUACUUUAGGCCAUAAAUGACGUUCUCAGAAAUGUGAUAUGAAAUGGGACAGUGUAUAAUACAGGAAUGAGUGGGUUAAAUCAAGGUUACCAAACCCUCAAUAUACGUUUAAAGGGAAUAACUAACUGAAUUAGUAAAUUUAAAUAAUUCAAUCAAAUUUUACAUGAUACUGCUUUAUAUAAUAUGUUUUACUAUGAUUAAAAAUACCAUUUUAAAUUAAUAAAUAUAAACGAAUAAUUGUGUUUUUCUUCCAACUUUAAAAAAUACUGAUUAUCAUAUUUGAUAUUAUCCUACUAAAAGCUUCUUCAUUUCGGUUGAAGUGGCAGCCAAGCGAUCAAUAAUUACGUUGUAUGGUAUUUCCAUAUCACGUUCAAAUGACAUCAACAUAAAUGCUUCCAAUUUGUCAUCAGACAGUGAUGAUCUUAGUCGAGUUUUAAUUUUUUUCAUCAUUGAAAAGUUUCUUUCACAAGUUACUUGCGUGAAGGCUAAAAUAACUACCAACUUAUAAGUCUCUUAUAACUCAUUAUAAUCAGAUACAUGAGUCACUAAUGAUUAUACAAACUCAAAUGCAUGAUUUACACUUUAUCCCAACCACUGCACAUUUUAGUUCUUCGUUUUCUGUAUCUUCGUCACUAAUUAUAUCAUCUCCGAAUGUAUUGCCUUGACUAUUACUUACCAGACAUUCAUCUGAAAUUGCAUUAUAAUUCUUUGCGUAUUCUAUCAGUUGACGUUGCACUACCAAAAACUCAACUCGAGCCAUUUCUGCAAUUUUGACCAUAGAAUUUUCAGGAAACAUGAAUUCAGGCUGUUUAAUUUUAUGAAAGUUUCUGGGAUUCAAAAAUGAAGCAACUUGAAUUAUGCAUUGAUUAUUCAUGUACCUGAAAUUAUACAAUUCAGUUUUCUUCAUAUUUUGUUUUAAGCUAAUGUGUUUAUUUAAAAAAUCAAUAAUUUAUUAAUUAAUAUGAGUUAUGAAAACAUUAUCUAUGCUGCUUUACCUGUCUUAUAAUGUUCCAAAUGCACUGUUGUAGAUUGUUUUAUACACUUCGUUUUCAAAACGUUUUUUUACAUCGUUUGGUCUAUGAUCAGUAGCUAAUUCAUCUGGUAUUUUUUUUGUAUGGCGAUUUCUAUAUUUCUUCAAACUACAUGACCAUGAAGAAUUUUCGGUAGUUACCGUCCAUUUUUUCCAAUAAAAGUUGUAAAUAUAGAUCAAAUAGUGUUGCUUUUACAAAAAAUAAUUCAAAAUUAUUUACUCCUUCUAUUUAUUUUUUUUCUGAGUUAUUUAAUAUUGUAAAAGCUAAUGUGUAGUUUAAUCUUUUUUACUGUAAACAUGACAAGGCUGAAGAACUUAAAGCAAAUAGCGACUGGAAAACAUAUGCUAUGAGUAUCUUUUUAAAUUUUAACAAGUUGUUAGCUACACUUUAGGCUUCUGAAUCACAAUAACGAUUAUAUAUUUCAUACACGCUGUAUAAUCAUUACCCUAUCACAAAAACUAAUCAAAUGAGAGACAACGCAAACUAUAUAUAGACCCAAUCAUGCAAAAUCGUUCUCCAUCCCUUCAUCUUAAUAUUCUCUUGGCGCGCGGGGUACAUAUCCAUGUAAUAUACAAGUAAUAACAAUAAUAUGAUGUAUAAGUAUAAUAAUAUGCUUGGGUUUUGGGAUAAGCACAUAAUAUUCUAAAACUCAUAAAUAUAGACAAAUUUUCAAACUUUUUUGGAAAAAAAAACAAAGCAUAGGGGCUAAACAUGAGCGAGGGGCCAGUCGGCGAUUGCCGACCAGCCGACCGGGCUAGUCCGCCUCUGGUGUGAACUGCUCUACGAACUGCUGCCAUGCCCAAUAUACUCGUCUAAGGUUAUUCCAUGCAAUUUCUUUCUAAUCCCCAACAUGAACAUUGUUCGAAGAAAAUAAUAUUCAGCUAAGACGAAGAGGUUAUCACUGAAACAGAAGCGUAUUUUUAAGAGAUUCACAAAUGUUAUUUUCUUGGAGGGAUUAAAAAAACGGCAGAAAUGUUAAGAAAACCGUAUCGACCUAAAAGAAGGUCAUGUCAACAAAUGUGUAAAAAAAAAAAAAUGUUUGAAAAACUUGCUUCUUCAUUCCUAAUACGGGUUGAUUAACACUCUUAUUAUCUAAAUUUCCAGAAAUAGGUAACAAUUUUUUUUAACUCAUGGUUCAAAUACGUUACUACGCUAUUUUUAGAUACUUCCAUAUGCAAUUUUAUUAUUAUAUUAUACUUAUAAUAUUACCGUUAAUUGUAUAUUAUUAAUAUUUAUUAUAAAUUAUACAUUUUAUUUUAUUUAGGUGAUAAUUAGAAUAAAAAGUAUGCAAAUUAAUAAUAAACAUAAUUAUUCACCAAUACGAAUUAAUUAUUUAAAACAAAUUAUUUAGGAAAAAGGAGCAGUGCUGGAAGGUGGUGUGCGUGGUGUAGCUGCAAUAUGGAGUCCGUGGAUAAAAAAAAAACACAGAAUUUCUGAAAAUUUAUUUCAUAUAACUGAUUGGCUGCCUACUUUGUAUACUGCUGCAGGUAAGUUGUACAGGAGCGUGAUCACGGUAGGAAUGAGGGUGUCAUAACCCCUCUCCCCCUAUGACGUUUGAAGAAGUAGGUACCAAGAAUUGUACUAAAUUUUACCUAAAAAACUAGUUGUAUUCAGAGCCCUUUUAAUAAAAAUGUUGACCAUGCCACUGAAGUCGUAAGUAAUUAUUUUAUUAAGUUUCUUUUAUGGUAAUACCAUGUUCAACUAGGGAUGUCAUUCGUCCCGAUUUAACCAGGAUUCUACUGGUUUUAAACACGCCGUCUCAAUAUUCAUGAAGUCCCGUGUCUUCCAAAAUGUACAUUUUUACAAAACUCAUACAAUUUAUUAUUUUGGAUAUUUACAUAUUACAUUUUAUUUCAGAAAUAAUUUUUAACUAUCGGGUAUUAUGCUAUAUUUAUAAACUUUUUCAAGCAGAUAAUUGGACGUUCACUUUUUCUCUAAUCGUCGUACCGAAUCUAAUCGUAUAUUAUUACUUGUGGCUGUGACACAAAACUAUUACUGCGUUAUUUCAAUUGUUUGUUUUAGUUUGUUAAUUAAGUAGAAAACACAAGUAAUUAGGAUUGACUAAAUAUGUAUACUCCAUAAAAUAAUUUGUUAGUAAGAGAUGGUAUAUCUACUUAGUACCAUAACAAGAAAACAAAUUCAGUCGGGAGGCACUAAUAAUUUGUAUAUUAAUAUUUAGAUUAAUAAAACUCUUUAAAAUAAUUUAAAUAACCAAUAAAUGAUUUAGGAGGACUAAAUUUGAAUGUCCUGAUUUUUAGUCUCUAAUAAAUGGCAGCCCUAAUAAAACUAAUAUACUACUAAUUGUAUGGUGCCAUAAUCAUAAUAAUAACAGAAUAAUACAAUUAAUGACCUAUAUUUUCUAAUAGUGCACUUCUUCUUUAGUAUUAUCACUAGUUUUAAUUUUAUUAUUUCUGAUAAUUGUUCUACAAUUACUGGUUAACACCUAAAUAUAUGUUCAAUAAUUUGAAAUGGUUAUAAAUUAAAUAUGUUUAUUGAGUCAAUUAAUAAAUAUUUUCGAAUUUAUUCACUUUCUAACUAUUGAGUAUUAUAUCAUAAUGGCAUGGAAAAAGCAUAGUUAAAAGAACGCCAUACCGGCAUCAGUUAUACCUACUGUUUCCGACUUACAAACGCACGAUAAAGCAAAUUUGCGUUCAGUUGGGCAAAUUUUGUACUGUUUGUUUUAAUAUUAAAAUGAAUUGACUAACUGGUAUAAUCAUCCGAUCACCGAUAAUCUUAAUACCUUUAAGUUUGGUAAUAGCCAAUAGGUCAAUUUGCUUAAAUAUUAAAAUUAUUUACGGCAUACAAUUAUUCCUACUGACCACAAAUUUCACGUCAAAUGUGUAUAAGACGGAGACAGUAUAUGCGAGUAUGGCAUUCUCUUAAUGUAUUUCAAAAAUAUUAUAACUACCUUGUUAAUUAAAAUAACAAAUUAUAACGGUGGACGCAAUAUAAAAGGGAAUGUAACUUCCGAAUGCUACCAGGCGCGCUUCUAUAGGUUAUUUUGUUUGCAUUCUACAAGCAUACCUUUUCAGAAUACCCUCUUAUAUUCUAUGCUAAAAAUUACAUUUGUUUAAAAUUCAUAUGAGGCGUAUUCCUUGCAUAGGUAUGAACCAAUUCAAAUUACGUUUUUUUUCAAAUUUGUACAAAUUAAAAGUUCUUUUAUGUUUUGUGUAGUACAUUUUAACCGGAUUUUAUUUAAAAAUAAUUCAAAAUUAUUUAUUUUAGGUGGUAAUUUUGAAGACUUGGGCCAAAUCGACGGCAUUGAUCAGUGGAAAAGUUUAACUGAAACUUCAAAACAUAUGAGAUCAAUAAUUUUAAUCAAUAUUGAUGAAAUAAGAGGAGAAGAAGCAUUAAUUUUUAAUCAAUGGAAAGCAGUAAAAAGUAAAUUUCUAGUAUUAUUAACUUAUAUGUAACUUAUAACUUAAAUUAUACUUUAAAUGUAAUAAUAGUGUAAUAGCUCUUGAUUAUUUUAACAGGUAAUCGUACUAGUGAUAUUGCUUAUUAUUUAAAAUACAGUGGUGAUCCUGGAAAUUUAGGGCCAGAUUACAAUAUGCCAAAUGUAGCAGAAAGUCUUGCAGGUUUACAUCUAUCGAGAAUCAAUUGUUUAGUAUCUAAAGAAGAUUGUAUGGAUACAUUGACCACAUAUACGUUAUUUGAGAAUGUCCGUUCUCAGGCUAAAGUUGACACUAAAUGUACUGAACGUAUUUCUGAUUAUAAUCCUAAUAAACACUAUGAAUGUUUUGAUAGUUAUUGUUUGUUCGAUAUACAACAAGAUCCUUGUGAAUAUAGAAACAUAGCCAAAACAAAUCAGCAAGCUCUUAAUAUGACAAUAGACAUGUUGGAACAAUUUAAAAAGGAGAUGAUAAAACAAGUUAAUCCAGAAAUUGAUCCCAAAGCAAAUCCAAGUUAUUUUGAUGGGUAUUGGGAAACUUGGAUGGAACAUAGUGGUUCUAAUUAUCUCAUAGUAAACACAUAUCUUACACUUUUUAUGAGUUUAUUAUAUUUUUUCUGA